CAAAUUCUUUCCUGUAGAAAAAAAUACUCCGACGGACAAGAACUAACUGCUUUCAAAUAAACAAGGAUUUUUUUCGUGUUUCAGGUUGUUUAUCGAGAUUUCAAUGUGAUUUUCUGACGGAAUCUGGGUCUAGAGAAGACCUCGCUAUGAAUUUAUUGCUGGCGUUUUAUGGAUUUUGUUUGAUACUGCUCGUGAACGGUAAAGUCCACGGGAGGCAAGGUCUUCAUGGGGCCAACAAGAAGCAUAGUAAACAUCAAAAGAAACGGGAUGGUUUGAAAAGAAACGAUUUCAAGAAGACGCAUUUGAGUUCAAAGGAUAAAAAGGCAGACAUUACUAAACGACAGUUUAUGUUCAGACCUUAUGGGCCUCCCAAUUACCCAAUCCUAAAACCUCCACCGAUACGCCAUUUUGUAGUUCAUCACCACGCAAUUCCAGUGGCGUGUGAUCCUAACCCGUGCCAGAACGCAGGAACUUGUACUGUUGUUGUCAAGGGUUACGAGUGCACGUGCCCAGCUGGGUUCAUGGGCUCACAUUGUGAAGUUCGAAGUCAAUGUGAACCAAACCCAUGUAAGAAUGGUGGAUCGUGCUACGAUGUGGGGACUGGAUACGAAUGCACGUGUUCCAUUGGUUUCAAAGGCAGUACUUGUGAAGACAAGAACAAAUGUCAUCCUAAUCCUUGUCGCAAUGGAGGGAUAUGUACGGGUACCAAUGACCUUGAUGGAUUUGAAUGUACUUGCAGGGAGGGAUACAAGGGGAAGAGUUGUGAAGCUGUAAACCAGUGUAGUCCUAAUCCCUGUAAGAACGGAGCGUUGUGUAUCGAGAAAGGGACUAAGUACGAAUGCACGUGUCCUCUAGGAUACAAGGGAGUAACUUGUGAAGAACGCAGUAAUUGUUUCUCUGCGCCAUGUCUUAACGGUGGAACUUGCAUUGAAGAACCUGGCGGAUAUAAAUGCAACUGUAAAUAUCAUUACAGCGGCAUAAAUUGCCAAGAUCACGUUUGCCACCCUUCACCAUGUCAGAAUUCCGGGACGUGUCUCGAGGAACGUGGCUCUUUCAGAUGUGUUUGUGGCAUAGGAUACCAUGGAAAUAACUGCGAAUACGAGACUCCCUGUAUUUCACAUCCUUGUCUCAAUGGUGGCACUUGCAUAGAUACGACUGCUGUGCACUAUCAUCACCUUGAUGCCAGCAUGGUAUCCCCAUCAUCUAUGUACACUAAUGGAUAUUAUUGCAAGUGUUCCUCUGGGUAUUCGGGGACACAUUGUGAAGAUGACUCCUGCAGUCACUGUCAUUUCUUCGCGGAUUGUUUUGGAACCAGAUGUCGUUGCAGAGCUGGUUACCAUGGAGACGGGAAGCGCUGUCACAAAAAUGUUUGUCAUCCCAAUCCCUGUAAGAACUCUGGAAAAUGUGUUGAGGCGGGUGAAAGUUUUGACUGUGACUGUCCUUCUGGUUACACUGGGCCUCUCUGUCAAGUUCGUCAAUUUUGUCUUCCUAAUCCGUGCAAGAAUGAAGGUGUAUGCGUCCCGUCAACUCAGGCUUACUCGUGUUCCUGUAAGCGAGGAUUUAAAGGCGACGAUUGCUCAGAAGGUGAUAUUUGCAAUCCCAACCCUUGUCGAAAUGGCGGGACUUGUCGGGAAGAAAACAAUGCUGCUGUUUGCGCAUGCGCUAUGCAGUUUGAGGGAAAGGUUUGUGAAGUUGACAGAUGUGCCAAAUGCCCUGAGAAUGCUCAUUGUGAACAAGGUCGUUGCGUCUGUAAUGACGGUUACCUCGAGACCGCCGAGAAACGAUGCGAAAUUGAACGGGGAGGAGCCCAAGAUCCAUGUACUCCUAACCGAUGUAAAAACGGCGGCGUUUGUCGUCAACCAGGACGAUGUGAGUGUCCCGAAGGUUAUGACGGCAGAUUUUGCGAACAAGAGGAUACUCAGUCAAUUGGUGCAGCGGAUCCUUGCAGUCCAAAUCCUUGCAAGAACAAUGGUGUUUGUUCCGUAACGGCAAACAAACCAAACUGUCAAUGUCCACAGGGAUUCUCUGGCGAUUAUUGUCAAGUUCAAGCCCAGGCUCCCAAGUCUCAGUGCCACCCUAACCCAUGUCAAAAUGCUGGGACAUGUCGUGAGAACGGGCCUGGAUACGAUUGCAUCUGCACCACAGGAUUCAAAGGACCUCAUUGUGAAAUCGACGAAUGUGAAAAAUGUGAUCCGCAUGCAAUAUGUGUCAGCGGUCACUGCAAGUGCAGGACGGGUUACAUAGGAAAUGGAUACGAAUGUUUAAAAGACUCGGACAGUGGUUGUGACAGCUGUAGUUCCCAGGCCACGUGUAAGAAAGGGACGUGUGUUUGUCUUUUCCCGCUCAUCGGAGAUGGACAGACCUGCUCAAUGCCCCCACCUCCUCCACCGCCUCCUCCACCUCCCCCACCGACUUCAUUCUGUACGUAUUCAACGUGCCCACCUCCCAGCCAGUGUUAUGGUAAUAUAUGCAUGUCUAAAAGGUCACAAAUAAUGAAAGUCGCCAGCUCCAAAAUUAAACAUUACAGACGAAAGAAGAAAUCUUAAAUCGUUUAACCACUUGUUUUCAAAAACAAUACUAUGAUAAGUUGAAAUAGGUUUUCAUUAUAAUCUUCACCCAUGUUCAACAGAAUAUUGUGAUUUAUAUGAAAGAUAAAUCUUUACCUUCGCUCAUGGUCACUUUGGUUAAAUUUAAGGAGUUAGUUUAAAAAAACUAUCGAGUAUCACGUUAGAAUGACCUCUAUCGGCUAAAUUUUUCUUUAGAUGUAUCAUGUUGCACUAUAUGUUUUAUAACACUGCUUGAGUCUCUAUUAAUGAUUUAGCAAAAUGAACUUAAGGGUCACGUGUUUUAUUCAUGGUCAUAUUUAGUUAUUUGAGGUAAAUGCCGCGGGUUCUAAAGUUAAAAGUCGAAUUCUAAAUUUAGCUUUAGUCAAUAGGUUUUCUUACAUGUAAAAAAUAUAACCUUUAUUGAAAGAUGAAUAAACUGUUUAUA